CUUUAAUAAAUUAUUUAGGAAAAGAAUUUAUUAUUAAUUAGUUAACCAAAUAAAUUUAAAUUCUACUUACAAAAAAUGCAAAAAGAAUCAUCUAAAACUGCUGAAAAGCCUAAGCCCGCAUAAACAACCAUACAAAAACCAUCUAUUAUUUCAAAUUCUACUCAGAAAACUUCAUUAGCUUCAAACAAUCUACACAAAUAAGCUAAUUAAGUUGCUAAUUAAAAUAAUGCAAAUAGCAAUAUUGGAAAAGAUCAGGCCACUAAUUUGUUUUAAAAAAUUUAAGUAUCAAGUACUACUAAAUAAAACUCAACUUAAGCAAAAAGCGACAUUAAAAAAGUUCCUACAAACGAUUCUUAAAGUUAGAAAAUCCAAUCUAUUUACUUAAAUUAAUCACUGUUAAAGAAUCCAGCUUAAUCUAAUGAUUUGAAAAAAAGUGAUUAAAAAAUACCAGUUGAAAUAAAUGACUCAAAAAGUCUAAAAACUUAAACUAAUAAUAGUAAUUAACCACCUUAAAAGAAAAUUAUUGAGUCAAAUGUUUUAAUAUAAGGAAAUUAAAAAGUAGCUGUUCCAAAUAAUGGCUCUCAAAGUCAAAAAAGUUAAACUAUUUAAGCAAUUCAAGUACCAUAAAAGAAGCAAAUAGAAAGCAAUAGCUUAUAAAAAAAUAACUAAAAAACAGUUACUGAAAAUGAUAACUCUUAAAGUCAAAAUAUUUAAGCUACUUAAGUUAAUAAAACAUUUUAAGUUAAACAAACAUUAAAUGAGCCGAUAAAAAACGAUUAAAAAGUAACAGCAGAGAAAAACUCUCAAAAGUAGAAAUCAGAGUUAUAAAAUGAAAAAGAUAACUUAAUCAAUAGUAGUAGCGAUAAUAAUUUAUAAUAAAUAGCACAAAUAAAUGAUGAAAAAAAACAAAAAUUUAUUUCAAGUAAAUCAAAAUUUUUAGAAAUAUUUGGUGAAGUAAUCAUUAAUAAAAUUAUGAGCUUUUUUAUGAUAGAAGACUAUGUAAAAGCUGCAGCCAUUUCUCGAUAUUUUAGGAAAAAAGUCCCAUAAGUAUUGGCUACACUAGACUAUACAAAAAAGUUUAAAUAAAUGAACUCAAGUUAGUAUUUGGAGAUAAACUAGGUAGGGAAAAAUAUAGUUUUGAAUUCUAUUAGCUAUAAUAAACUCAUCAAGAAUUCUAUUUAAGAGAUACAAAAAGAGAUGAAUGAAUUUUAGGCUAAAAAAAAAUCUGCAUAGGAAGAAGUUUUACUUGAUAUUUUCACUAAAAGCUGCAAUUUCUUCAUGAAAACUAACUAAAAUAAAUCUGAAAUUAUUAAAUUUAUUCUAAGUGCUGGCAUAGAAACUGUGUUUUAACCACUUUCAUAGUAUUUUAUCUAACCAUCAAAAACAGACUUAAAAGUACCUUAAAUAUAAGAGGAAUCAUUAAAUACCCCAAUGAUAUAACUCUUAAAAAUUAUAUGCUAGUAUUUUAACAUAUAAUAAAGUACUAAUAAAGAAUAUCUAGAUAAUUAAAGAUAAGGAGUUAGAUUUUAUAAAUUGUUUUAGCACAUUAGCAAAGUGCAAAAAGUGAAAAGUAAGCUUAUAGAUAAAUAUGAAAGACCAAUUAUGUAUUUGAGAAAAGAUAAUAAUGCCUUUAAUUAUAUUAAUAAAAAUACCAUUUAGGUUAUUUUACCUUUUUUAAAUGCUUAGGAUAUUAUUAAGUUGUGCUAAGUAAGCAAAAAAAUGCAUUAACUUAUUUAGACUUGUUGCUAAAAUAUGUUGGAGAGACUUCAUGAAGAUAGAAAGUAAUUACUUUCUGAAAAUAAAAUUAGUGAUGAUCAAGCUAAAGCUGCAAUGUAUUUAGAACAUUAUACGGUUUUUAAUUAUUCUUGUUAGGGAUUAAUACCUUCUUAUUACUUUUAGGAACCACAUCUUAAAGAACUUAUUUAUGCUCUUUGGUAGUUAGUAAAAAGUGAACAUUCAUCAGGAGAAAUAUAUAUUAAUUCUAAAAAUCCUUAAAACAUACCAAGAUAUUUUUAAGCAGGGCACAAUCUUUACAAUGCUAAUGCCUAAAAUAUUAGUAUACUAGAUGAAUGUUUACAAAAAUACACAGAUGAUUUCGUUGAAAAAGGCGAAUUAUAGGAGGAUUACUAUAGAAAUAAUAUGAUUUUACUUCAGAAAUAUUUAAAAGGAAUCAAAUUAUUUAUAGAAUUAAAUUUGAAUGAUGAAACUUUUCCUGAAAUUCAGAAUAUUUACUAAGGAAAAAUUAUGAAAAUAGAUAAGUAAAUAUAUUAAUAUCAGAAGAUUUGCAAAUAAAAAACUGAAUUACUAUCAGUUUUUACCUUUGAUUUUAAUCAACCUUUUAAAGAAAUGAGAAUUAAAGAUAUCCCAAGAAGAUUAUUUGAUUGA